CAGCACCCAAAUAUCGCUUAAAGUCACUAUGCAACCUUUUUUCAAUAGUAUCAUAUUUGGAGUGUUAUAUUCUUUUUCUUUUUUGGUAAGGGAAGCAAGAAAGUUGAUUCCCUAAAACACCCAGGAAACAAAGGGGCCGUUUCAAAGACCUUUGGAACCCAACCUUUUCCACUAUCUUGCCUAGAAAUUUAACUACUUGUACUGCAAAGAAUGCUGUUCUUGUUCUCCAGACAGGCUUGGUGAGAGAGAUAGAGUUGCUAUCCAGAUGGGUAAUUGCUGGGGAUCUUCUUCUGAUCCAGAUACUAGUCACUAUUACAGCUCCACCAACAUUCCUACUACUCCAGGUACAUCAAACAACUGCAGCAACAGCGUAGAAUUUUCAGCAACCAGCAGUGCUAGCAAUUGCAGGAGUCAAUUCUCAGAGACAGUGAGCGAAAUUGUGGACGAGGGAAGCCCUAAUGGGCGGAUCCUGGAAACGCCAAACUUGAAAGUCUUCACUUUUGCAGAGCUGAAGACUGCAACCAAGAACUUCAAAGGUGAUACACUGUUGGGUGAAGGCGGUUUUGGUAAAGUUUACAAAGGUUGGGUGGAUGAGAAAACUUUAACACCCUCCAGGUUUGGCUCUGGAAUCAUUGUUGCCAUCAAGAAAUUGAGCCAUGGAAGUAUGCAAGGCUUUGAAGAGUGGCAGUCAGAGGUGAACUUUCUAGGAAGGUUAUCUCAUCCCAAUUUGGUCAAGCUGUUGGGAUACUGUUGGGAGGAUAAAGAGCUUCUUCUUGUGUACGAGUUCAUGGAAAAAGGAAGCUUGGAAAAUCAUCUAUUUAGACGAAAUCCAGCAAUUGAACCAUUAUCUUGGGAAUUAAGGCUUAAAAUUGCCAUUGGAGCUGCUCGAGGUCUAGCUUUUUUACAUACAUCAGAGAAGGUUAUUUAUAGAGAUUUCAAGGCCUCUAAUAUAUUGCUUAGUGGGAACUACAAUGCCAAAAUAUCAGAUUUUGGUUUGGCCAAAUUAGGGCCUGCCGGUGGAGACUCACACGUAACAACCAGGGUUAUGGGAACAUAUGGUUAUGCUGCGCCUGAAUACCUUGCAACAGGCCAUUUGUAUGUGAAGAGCGAUGUGUAUGGGUUUGGAGUCGUGUUGCUUGAGAUGAUGACAGGCUUACGAGCAUUGGAUACAAAGCGACCUCCCGGGCAGCAAAAUCUGGUUGAUUGGCUUAAACCAACUUUGUCUCAGAAAAGAAAGUUGAAAACCAUAAUGGAUGUGCGGAUUGAGGGCCAGUAUUCGUCCAAGGCAGCAAUGCAGUCAGCCGAUCUCACUCUGAAAUGUCUGGAGCAUGAUCCUAAAAACCGUCCAUCCAUGAAGGAAGUUUUGGAAGCAUUGGAACGGAUUGAAUCACUUAAUAAGGAAAAAUCCAAGGACUCCUCUAAAUCUGGCUCUAUUCAUUCUUCAACUACUUGCCAACAGUCUACUCCUCAACGUUCCCCGCGUCAGUCGAGGCAACAUGGCGCUUCAGCAUGAGCUCCAAACUAGAAACCCGGGGACAAGCUCAAAGUAAUAAAACUUGGGCUCACGAUCCUUCAUGAAUUGUGUGCCUUUUUUUUAAAAAUGCAUCUACAUGUUUGUUCUUAGGUGUGGUGAAUUUUUUUAAUUAACAUGAUCAAAUGAUCAUGAUUUUUUAAAGAGAUUUCUCCGUAUCUUUAACAAGUUUUGUAAUCGGUGUCUUCAUUUUGGUAUUCAUAUAUGUUGUGUUGAGAAUAGUACUCGUGUUUUUUGUAAUGUAAAUGUUGAAUAGAGUGAAGAAGAUUGUUGAGUUGUGUCGUUGUAUCUAGUUUAAUUGCCAUCUUUAGUUUUGCUACAUUAAUCGGAUGUUACUAUCAUUUGUCA